GCUCCGCCCGCAGGCAGGUCUGCAGCUGCCGCCGAGGAUGGACAUCAGGCCGAACCACACCAUCUACAUCAACAACAUCAAUGACAAGAUUAAGAAAGAAGAACUGAAGAGGUCCCUGUAUGCAUUAUUCUCACAGUUUGGCCAUGUGGUUGACAUUGUGGCUUUAAAGACUAUGAAGAUGAGAGGACAGGCUUUUGUUAUAUUUAAAGAACUUGGGUCAUCUACCAAUGCUUUAAGACAACUACAAGGCUUUCCGUUUUAUGGGAAGCCAAUGCGGAUUCAGUAUGCAAAAACAGACUCUGACAUCAUCUCUAAAAUGCGUGGUACUUUUGCCGACAAGGAAAAAAGGAAAGAAAAGAAGAAGGCCAAAUCUCUGGAGCAGUCAGCAAAUGCACCAAAUAAAAAGGUUAUCCAGGGAGCAACACAAAAUUCAGCCAGUGCCCCAGGGAUUGCAGCACAGAAUCAGCAGGUGCCUGACAACCCACCUAACUAUAUCCUUUUCCUUAAUAACUUGCCUGAGGAAACAAACGAGAUGAUGCUGUCCAUGUUAUUCAAUCAGUUUCCUGGAUUCAAAGAAGUUCGCUUAGUGCCCGGGCGCCAUGACAUUGCAUUUGUGGAGUUUGAAAAUGAGAAUCAAGCAGGAGCUGCCCGAGAUGCUCUCCAAGGAUUCAAGAUUACUCCAUCUCAUGCCAUGAAAAUCACUUACGCGAAGAAAUAACCGGAUGCUCCUAUAAAGGAGUUGUGAGGAUAGUUGGGUUUUUUUUAACGCAAUGAUACUUUGCUCAGCUAGCAUGUUUGCUGUUCUCUGGAGAAAACUUAAGACUUGUGUACAAUGGCCACAACAGUCAG